CGUCAACCUACAUGAGCGGAUUCUUCGUCGCUGCUGCGCAUCAGAGUCUGACCGAAAUCAAAGGAGCUUUCGGGCUGUAACGUUGGUUUUAUUCGUUUACCGUUCCCGCUGCUCGCAAAACAACAAGAGGUUCGUCGUUUUAUAACCAGAGGGAGAAAAUUAACCGUGUUUCGGUUCAUUUCGCGGCCUUACAAGUGUUAGAAGUAACUGCGGACUCCCAACGGCUUUAUUCCAAAGCGGGAUCGAUACUUUGACGCAUGACGCUAAACCUACGUCAAUUAUUUUGAUUUAUUUAAGCAUUAUUGUCAUUAUUACGCUUUUGAGAGAAUGGACGAAAAGGUUUUCACGAAAGAACUGGACCAAUGGAUCGAGCAACUGAACGAGUGCAAGCAACUGUCGGAAAACCAAGUGAAAAUACUAUGCGAAAAGGCUAAAGAGAUUUUAUCUAAAGAGUCAAACGUUCAGGAGGUGCGUUGUCCGGUCACAGUAUGCGGAGACGUACACGGCCAGUUUCACGAUCUUAUGGAACUGUUUAAGAUCGGCGGUAAAUCACCAGAUACCAAUUAUCUGUUUAUGGGAGACUAUGUGGAUCGAGGUUACUAUUCGGUCGAGACAGUCACACUGCUGGUGUCUUUAAAGGUUCGAUAUCGAGAGAGGAUUACCAUUCUCCGUGGCAAUCAUGAAAGUCGACAGAUCACACAAGUUUAUGGCUUUUAUGACGAGUGCCUGAGAAAAUACGGCAAUGCGAAUGUUUGGAAAUAUUUCACAGACCUCUUCGACUACCUUCCUCUUACAGCCCUCGUAGACACACAGAUUUUCUGUCUCCAUGGAGGAUUGUCACCUUCAAUUGACACGCUGGAUCACAUUCGGGCUUUGGACCGUAUUCAAGAAGUUCCCCACGAGGGGCCCAUGUGUGACCUGCUGUGGUCAGACCCGGAUGACCGUGGAGGUUGGGGAAUUUCCCCCAGGGGUGCUGGAUACACAUUUGGCCAGGACAUCUCAGAAACGUUUAACCACGCCAACUGCUUGACCCUGGUCUCUCGAGCUCACCAACUAGUGAUGGAGGGCUAUAACUGGUGUCAUGAACGUAACGUUGUAACAAUCUUCAGCGCUCCUAACUAUUGUUACCGAUGUGGAAACCAGGCUGCGAUCAUGGAGCUUGAUGACACGCUCAAGUACUCCUUUUUACAGUUUGAUCCUGCUCCACGCAGAGGAGAACCUCACGUCACUCGUCGCACUCCAGAUUAUUUCCUGUAAAAUAGGAAGGCCUUUUUUUUCUAAUUCCAGUAUUGCAGCACUAUCUGACCAGUGGACAAUGAUUAUUCAUAGAAGACAUGCUCAUCGGAUCAAAGUUUCACACACAAACCCCUGCCCUUGGACCAAAAUGAUGUGCCAUAUGUCUAUGUUACUGCAAUAACACAGAUGCAGUCAUCACAACACACUAAUAUAACAGUAACAUCUCAUUCUUUCGGUGGCCCAGUAGUGCACAAUGCAGCAACAUUUCAGAAAGCAAACAUUUAUCUCACAACACAACUACAUUUCAAAUUCACAUUCAUAUUUCUUAAGCUUAGUCCCUUAUUUAUCAGAGGUUGCCACAGCGGAAUGAACCACCAACUAGUCCAGCAUAUGUUUUACACAGCGUAUGCCCUUCCACCCGCAACCCAGUACUGGGAGACGCUCAUACAUACUCACAUUCACACACAUACACACAAAACAGACAAUUUAGUUCACCUUGUUCACAGUUCACCAAUUUAGUUUAUCCUAUUCACCUAUAGCGUAUGUGUUUGGACUGUGGGGGAAACCGAAGCACCUGGCGGAAACCCACACCAACUGCCAACUGGCCCAGCCGGGAUUCGAACCAGCGACCUUCUUGGACUGUGAGGCGACAGUGCUAACCACUGAGCCACUGUGUUGCAUACACAUUUCAAAUAGCAAACAAUAAUCUUAAAACACAGCAUUAAAAUCACAAUGGAACUACAUUUCAAGCAAACAUUAUUCUCAACAACAUUAAGAUUACGCAACACAACAUUUCAAAAAGAAAACCUUAAUCUCACAACACAGUGACAUUAAGAUCACAAUGCAAGGACAUUUCAAAAAGCAAACAUUAACUCACGAAACAACGACAUUAAAAAAGAAAAAAUGUAUCAUCUCGCAGCACAACAUUCUAGAGAGCAAAAAUUAACCUCACAACACAACGGAAAUGCUCCUGAUCACUAGGUGGCAGUGGAACACACAUUACUUCUGAUUGAGUGACGAGCUUCAGCAAAAUGGCAAUUACUUCUAGACGCCACAAGGAAUUCAUCAGCAGUGUUGGGGAAAGUUACUUUUGAAAGUAAUGCAUUGUAAUACUAAGUUACUCCUUAAAAAAGUAACUACUUGCUUUACUUUGGUAAUUUUUAUGUGGGUUACGUUACUUUUGAGUUACUUUCAUGUGACUUUUUCAGACCUGGCUGAGGCUUGAUGUCUUUCAGAACUUGCAGGGUUUUUUCUUCUUUUUUUAAAAUAGAGGAGCUCUGCAAUUAACAACACACUGUAUAACCUCCAUUUAUUCAUUUUCGUAGUCCCUUUAUUAAUCUGGCAUCUCCACAGCGGAAUGAAUUGCCAACUUAUCACAGUUUAACGCAGUAGAUGUCCUUCCAGCGGCAACCCAUCACUGGCACACAUCCAUACACACUCAUUCACACACAUACACUAUGGACAAUUUAGCUUGCCAAAUUCACCGCACUCAGAGGAAACCCACGCGAACACGGGGAGAACAUGCAAACUCCACAUAGAAAUGCCAACUGCCCCAAAAUGCUCGAACAAGCGACUUUCUUGCUGUGAGGUAAACGUUGUACUCGCUAUGCCACCGUGCAGCCCAACCUCCAUUUACCUUAAAAAAAAAAGCAUAAAUUUAUGUAGGAUAAUGUUAUCUUCUGAGAACUUCCUGACCCCAUGCCGUAUAAUGACGUUUAAAGCAAGGCAUCUGCUACUUUUCUACUAUCACUGUCCAUUCAGAUAAUCCUCUUUUCCUUUUCCUCCAUGUGUUUAAAAUGCAUAUUUCAUAGCAGAAAUGUAAGGCCCUGCCAUCUUGAUUUCUGUCUGUUCCUGCAUUGUAUUGAGUGCAGGAUUCAACGUGACUACAUUCAUUUUAAUUCAGCAAUUUGUUUAUUAAAAGCGAAUUAAGCAAACUAAAAAGUAAAGUAAACUCAAACAUUACAACUUAUUUUUAUUUUUAAUAAUUAUUUAUUUCUGGGGUUUAAUCUUUAAUUGAGAAUACAGUAGAGAGUAUUGACAAGAAAGUGUUGAGCAGAGAGAGGGAAAGGAUCGGCAUAGGACCACGAGGCGGGAAUCAAACUCAGGUCGCCGUGAGCACCGGAGUGCAUGUGUCGACGCACUAACCACUACACCACUGGUGCUGACUACAACUUAUUUUUUUUAAGUAAUGCGUUACUUGUUACUUAGAAAAGUAAUAUUAUUACAUAACUCACGUUUCAUGUGAGGUGUUACCCCCAACACUGUUCAUCACAAUACAUUGCUAACAAGGAGCAAGAAGCUGGUUUUACCUCUGGGCUUAUGCAUCUCCAACAUCCCCAAAGUUCACGAAUACUCGUGAGAUCUGCGCACAAUUGCUCGUUUGUGGAACAACUGCCACCUAGUGGUUGGGAGCAUUUCCGUCGUGUUGUCAGCUCAAUGUUUGCUUUCUGAAAUGCAGUUGUGUUGUGAUCUUAAAUUCUGCAUGAACCAGAAGCUGCGAUUGUUUAGUUUUUUUACUAUUGUUUCUGCAUAUUUUUUUUUUAGAAUAGUUUCUGCAGUCCCUACAGAAACUGAAUAUUAAAUGAGAAACAGUGGGCGUGUCUUGUUUUUUCUACUGCGAGCUGAUUGGAUGUAGUAAAGUAGGCAUUUCAUUCAGAAAGAUCUGGAAAAGGGUUUGGGGAGAGUUAUUACAACCUAACAGACUCCUCCUCCUCCUCACUAUUUCUGUUUGAUGUCAAAACUGACAGCUGGAGGGGCGGGGUUAAGAAUGUUAGCCACGCCCAAUAACUCAAAUUCUUAGAUUAGGUCUGUCUAACUCAAAACAACCAUGAUUUCUUUCUUAAUGACAUGCACGGAUGAAUUAUUCACCACAAAAAUAGCAAUGUGAGCAAACAAACUCAUAUGGGUAGCUUUGAUUUCAUGCGUUCUUGAAUGUCGUCGUGAUGUGAGAGUAGUUUUCGCUUUUUGAAUCGUCCUUGCACUACUGGGCCACCAUACAUUUUGCAUAUUGGUCAUUAUUCUCUCUCUUCUGUACUAAAACAAGCCGCUGUUGUGUUUUUGAUCAGGAUAAUAAGGGUUUCUUUAGACUAACGGGUUUGUGUGCAUUCUUCUAAAGCGCCGUGUUUUGAAAUAACGACAUUUUAAUAUACACUAAAUGCUUCUGACUGGAUAAUGUACAAGUUGUGACGAGCUUCAAAACAGUGCUGUGUGUUAUCGCUGCAUUUGCUGCAUGGCCGUGCGGGUUCAUAAUGAGCCGUCAAUCAUCAGGCUAAUUUCUGACUGCUGUUUUCUGACGAUUCUGCCUACCGCAGUGUUUUUUUACAGGUGGGUAUGAGACACUUUAGUUUUAGUCCCUUCUCGGUGUCCUUCAAGCACUUUUUCAACGCAGUAUUUGUUAUUGUGCUUAGUUUACAGAGCAGUGCUUUUGUUCGUUUGACGCUUUUCUAUGUUACUGCAUUAUUUCCCAAUCAUUUGUAAACCAGAGCACAAUUAAAUAGGGAUUUGAACGGCAAUAAAGACUCAUGCUAUUUAUCUACGUAAA